GCAUUUGGAUUCCUGUGGCAGCUGGCAAAGGACUGCUUGUCGCUGUGCUUGGAGUCAUGGCAGUGCCUUUUGUGGAAGACUGGGAUUUGGUGCAAACUUUGGGAGAAGGUGCCUAUGGAGAAGUUCAACUUGCUGUGAAUAGAAUAACUGAAGAAGCUGUUGCAGUGAAAAUUGUAGACAUGAAGCGGGCCAUAGACUGUCCAGAAAAUAUUAAGAAAGAGAUCUGCAUCAAUAAAAUGUUAAGCCACGAGAAUGUAGUGAAAUUCUAUGGCCACAGGAGGGAAGGCCAUAUCCAGUAUCUGUUUCUGGAGUACUGUAGUGGAGGAGAACUUUUUGAUAGAAUUGGUAUGGAAAAGAUUUAAGAUAAAUAUUUUACUGAACACCUUCAUACGUUGUGUGUGCUGCUGGACAUUAAACCCACCAUCUUUCCACAGGCCCUUCAACUGGUCUACUACUCAACCAUGUUCUCAGCUGUUUCUUUGGUUUUUAGAGAAAAGGUUCCUCUCUGUAACCCUGGCUGUCCUGGUACUCACUCUGUAGACCAGGCUGACCUUGAACUCAGAAAUCCACCUGCCUUUGCUUCCUGAGUGCUGGGAUUAAAGUGUGCACCACCACCACCCAACUCUCUUAGCUGCAUUUUUAAAUGUUAGCUAGAUCAAUUUUAUUUCAGAAUUGGUUAUGUAACAGGAAAAUUGGAGGAAGAGUCAGGCAUUCUUGACUUUGUGAUGUAAAAGUUUUAUGAUUUAAGUCUGUGAUGUAGUGAAAUUGUACAUGACUUCCCUGUUGGCAGUCAUUGGGAACUAUUUAAAAUUAUUUAUUUAUUUUAUGGCUGUUUUGUAUUCUGUGUACCAUGUGCACACCUGGUGCCUGUGGAGGCAUGUCUGAUGCUAUAAGAGGCUUGAAGAGGGUACUGGAUCCCCUGGAGCUGACAAAUUGUUGUGACUCAUGUGCGUGCUGAGAGCCAAAUCUUGGUCUUAUAGAAGUGCAGCCAGUGCUCUUAACUUUUGAGCCAUCUUUCCAGCCCUGAACUUUGUGUUAGAAGAAGUAGGGAGACAUUUGAAGGAAAUGAAGUCCACUGGGAGCCAGACAUAGGGAUGCCUGAACAAGAUGCUCAGAGGUUCUUCCACCAACUCAUGGCAGGGGUGGUUUAUCUUCAUGGAAUUGGAAUAACUCACAGGGAUAUUAAACCAGAAAACCUCCUCUUGGAUGAAAGGGAUAACCUCAAAAUCUCUGACUUUGGCUUGGCAACGGUAUUUCGGCAUAAUAAUCGUGAACGCUUACUGAACAAGAUGUGUGGGACUUUACCUUAUGUUGCUCCGGAGCUUCUAAAGAGAAAAGAAUUUCAUGCAGAACCAGUUGAUGUUUGGUCCUGUGGAAUAGUACUUACUGCAAUGUUGGCUGGAGAAUUGCCGUGGGACCAGCCCAGUGAUAGCUGUCAGGAAUAUUCUGAUUGGAAAGAAAAAAAAACCUAUCUCAAUCCUUGGAAAAAAAUUGAUUCUGCUCCUCUGGCUUUGCUUCAUAAAAUUCUAGUUGAGACUCCAUCAGCAAGGAUCACCAUCCCAGACAUUAAGAAAGAUAGAUGGUACAACAAACCACUUAACAGAGGAGCAAAGAGGCCACGCGCCACAUCAGGUGGUAUGUCAGAGUCUUCUAGUGGAUUCUCUAAGCACAUUCAUUCCAAUUUGGACUUUUCUCCAGUAAAUAAUGGUUCCAGUGAAGAAACCGUGAAGUUCUCUAGUUCCCAGCCAGAGCCGAGAACAGGGCUUUCCUUGUGGGACACUGGUCCCUCGAACGUGGACAAACUGGUUCAGGGCAUCAGUUUUUCCCAGCCUACGUGUCCUGAGCAUAUGCUUGUAAACAGUCAGUUACUCGGUACCCCUGGAUCUUCACAGAACCCCUGGCAGCGCUUGGUCAAAAGGAUGACACGAUUCUUUACUAAAUUGGAUGCGGACAAAUCUUACCAAUGCCUGAAAGAGACCUUCGAGAAGUUGGGCUAUCAGUGGAAGAAGAGUUGUAUGAAUCAGGUUACUGUAUCAACAACUGAUAGAAGAAACAAUAAGUUGAUUUUCAAAAUAAAUUUGGUAGAAAUGGAUGAGAAGAUACUGGUUGACUUCCGACUUUCUAAGGGUGAUGGAUUAGAGUUCAAGAGACACUUCCUGAAGAUUAAAGGGAAGCUCAGCGAUGUUGUGAGCAGCCAGAAGGUUUGGUUUCCUGUUACAUGAGGAAGCUGUCAGCUCUGCACAUUCCUGGUGAAUAGAGUGCUGCUAUGUGACAUUUUUCUUCCUAGAGAAGAUUAUCCUAUUCUGCAAACUGCAAACAAUAGUUGUUGAAGAGUUCUCUUCCCAUUACCCAAACAUCUUCCGAUUUGUAGUGUUUGGCAUACAAAUACUACUGUAUUUUAAUUGUAUGUAAUGCUUUGGGGAAAGGAUGGAUCAAAUUCAUUAGGUAUUUCUCCAGCUGUCUUUAAAUUGUCUGGAUUUGAAACCAAGUUAUGGGAUACUUGAGUUUGCCAGCUUUUAUACCCAUGUAGUAGUAUCACUUUUGAAAAAUCAAAAGCUUGUUUCAUCCCAAGCAAAAUAUUUUCUUCUCUGCCUAUUUAAUUGUAAGGAUGAAUAAACACAGACCAUAUACAGUUGAUUGGUUCAUGAAUGAGGCCAGCCACAAAAAUGUGUAUGUUAAUGUAUGUACUGUAUUUUCAGUUUGGGUAUAUGUGCUGCACAAGGGCUUGACCAAUUAUAAAACUUUUUUGAGUUAAAGUGUUUUAAAUUGCAAAUUUUCCUCCUGGCGUAGCUUGUCAAAUAUAAAGACUAAUUUGGUUGGAUUUUCACAAAGUUGAACAUAAACUCUAGUGCUUAAGUGACAUUACUCUAAAAAUUACACACUUAAACAAUUUUUUCUAGAUUCACAGCCAUAUUUUAAUUACUCUAGAAAUAAACUAUUUUCAAAAUCAAUAUCUAACUCUGAACUUAUUGGCCAGCCACCAAGUUUCUAGAUGACACUGACUGAAAAGGGGCGGGAGUAAGGAAAUGCAGGAGUUGACCGGAUCCUUGUUCCUCACCUUGUACACUCACUUAAACUUUGUUUUGUUCAUAAAAUUUAUAUUAAAAUAUGAAUAUAUGAUUGGGGUCCUGUAUUCCUUUUCAUAGAUAAAUUCCAACAUUAGUUAGUCUGAAAGCUGAGAACAUUUAAAAUUUUAUGGCUCAAGUUUAUUUCAUGUUGGUAUAUGCUGUUGUCACCCACUUAACUCUCCCAUCCCCAAAAGUUAACUUGAACCUAACUCUAUUCAGUCUCCUGUUUCCCACUUGUAGUCCCACUGUGGUAAAAGUCAGCCAUCUUGUUAAAAACGUUACUUAUUCGAACCCCAAGUCCCAUCUGCGCUGUACUGUUUUAUGUCAUUGUCUUCUUCAUCUGAUGGUAUGCAGUACUGUCUUCCGAGCCUGUAUCUCUCAAGUCAUGAUUGCUUUCCGCCAUUACUUGGCACCUACUCAACUAUAUUGCUUUGGUCUCCAUGAUUUUGAAUAUUCUUGUACUUCAUAUAAGUAGAAUUGUAUAUUUGCCUCUUAGUGUUUGGGUUACUUCAUAACAACUCUUUUCAGGAUUUAUCUAUGUUAUAACAUAUCAGGUUUCAUUCCUUUUGGUGACUAAUACUCCAUAUUAUGUAUGUCUGUGCGUGUGUGUGUGUGUGUGUGUGUGUGUGUGUGUGUGUAUGUAUACUCUUUCAUAUGAUCAUGCAUAUUUGGAUUGUUGCCACCUUUUGUCCAUGUAAUUGAUACUGGUGUGAACAUGAAUAUAUAAGUACCUGCUCAAGUAUGUUUUUAAUUUUUUGUGUAUAGACCCUGAGGUAGAAUUGCUAUGUCAUAUGAUAAUUGUGUGUUGUUUAUUUUUUUCCGCUUAUAAAAUACAACAAUUUAUUUAAAA